UAACGAAGGUGGAAGACGCACACAGACACAGAAAUCUAUGAUCAUACUGUUGAGGCACAGCUAUCAAUAUACAUUAUACACUAUAACCAGACUUUUCAUCAUGUGUCAUCAUUCAACCAGCCAAGUAAUUGCCUUUGUUAUUUUGGCAUUACACAAUGUAACACUCAUUAAAGCAUAUGGUUAUGCCAAGUGUUACCUGGCCUACAACAACACCAAAUACGCUGACUGCGUGGACCGCGGCAUUGUGAACUUGACAUUAUCGAUUCAAAAUCUGUGCAAUGAAACAAAAUGGCUAAAUGUAUCUCACAAUAAUAUCCAUGCAAUACAAAACAAAGUGUUUUCUCAUUUGCCAAAACUUUUGGAACUGCGAUUAAGUAAGAACAAAAUUUUCAAUAUUCAGAAACAUGCCUUUGAGAAUUUGGAUAACCUUCGUGUGCUUGAUCUCAGUCACAACUUAAUUAAAUAUUUGGAUAGUUUCGAUGUCUCCAAUCUUACAAACCUCAGAAUACUCCACGUUAAUCACAAUAAAAUCUGCACAAUACAAAGUAAGACACUGAGGCCUUUAAUUGCUUUAGAGGAAAUUGAUCUCUCAUCCAAUUGUAUUUCAGAUUUCAGAAUGGUAGCAAAGGCCGUUGAAAGUCUCUACUUGAUUUCUAAACUGAACCUAAGUUCAAAUAAUAUAACGGAUCUCAAGAACAACCAAAGUGUAAUUAGCCUUCCGUCUUUACAGUACCUAAAUCUUUGCAAUAAUGAAAUUUUGAAUUUAGAUCUAACCGACUAUUUCAUGCCUAACUUAACAGAACUGAAUGUGUUGAGGAAUCAGAUGUUCACUGUAAAUGGGAGCUCCUUUAAUAAUGUUCCCAACUUGUCCAAAAUGAUCUUUGACGAAAAUCCUUUAAACAUUUCACAUCUUUUUGGAAGUGUGUUCCCUAAACUGAUAGAGUUUCACUGGUCAAGCAUGAGACCUGCUCUACAAAAUGAUUUAUUUAUGUUCUGUAGAUUUUUGAAGACUUUACCAAAGUUGAAAUGGCUUGACAUCAAACAUUCCAAGAUCAAGGCCAGCAAUCUGCAAAUCAUUGGCCAAUGCACUAACCUUACAACCCUUGUUCUUUCAACAAGCUCAAUUAUUAGGCUCAAAGCCAAUGAACUUCAAGCCUUCAAGCAUCUUGAGUAUCUUUAUCUGGAUAAAUGUAAAAUAAAAGAAAUUCAUAACAGUACCUGGAUUGGUUUAGAGUCUCUUCACACUUUGAUUUUAGAAAGAAACCGACUUUCUGACUUAGAAAGAGAUAUGUUCCUCCCAUUAACUAAACUUGAAGUCUUGGACCUAUCAAAAAAUUACUUAACAUACAUCAAUAAGGAAGCAUUUAAUGGGCUAAAGCAUUUAAAAUACCUAAGCCUGAAAAGUUGUAAAAUUGUACAAAUUACAAAAGCAACUUUCCUACAUGUAUUGACUCUCAGGGAAUUAGACAUCCAAGAUAAUAGUAUAUCUUUAAUCAAGCAUAAAACAUUUGGCGGACUGUACAGACUUGAAAAGCUAUUAUUGUCAGGGAACAGAAUAUCAUCAAUUCAAAAGUAUGGUCUACGUGGUCUUGACUCAUUAAAACAUCUUUCUUUAGCUGAUAACGUUAUCUAUAAACUAACCAAUUCUACUUUUAGGUAUUUGAAAUCUCUUGUAAGUUUGGACCUAAGUAAAAAUCAGUUGUGGUCUUUUAAUAAAUAUCAAUCACCAAAUCCAUUCUUGUACCUACGUUGCUUGGAGUCGUUGGAUCUGAGUUACCAAAGCCAAACCUUUGAGGUUAGUGUUCCAAAGACAUUGUUCAAAGGACUAAAUUCCCUUAAAUUUUUGAACCUGACAGGCAAUCCAAGCUUAUUUUUUAAAAACAUGUCUUUGUCUAUUUUAGUAAAUUUGACACAUUUGGAUAUGUCUGAAGUGCAUGCUUUGCCAGAACAUUCAGAACUUUUUAAGACUGAAUUAUUUCAAAAUCUUACUCAACUUCAACAUCUUACUCUUGAUAUAAAUGAAAUCCAAGAUCUCCCAGAAAAUGUAUUUGGUCACUUAACAAUGUUGGAAAAUCUAUCAUUAAAAAACAAUAAAAUUAGAAAUAUUAGCAAGAACCUCUUACAAAACCUGUCCAAUCUAGUAUAUUUUGACAUCUCUAUGAAUCCACUUUCAUGUUCAUGUGAAAAUUACUGGUUUCAAAACUGGUCGAAAUCCAACACAAGGGUACAAGUGCCCUUUAUUCAGUCAUUCAGUUGCUUUGGUCAAAUAGCACGUGACAUUUAUUUUACAAGCUAUGAUUUAAGUUUUUGUGGUACGGACACCUCGGUCUACUUUUUUCUUGGGAGUUUUUUAACAACAUUGUGCUUCUUGAUAGUAACUCUCAUAACGGUUAAACUCAAAUGGUCUAUUCUCUAUGGCUGGUAUAUAUUACGAGCCUGGUUUCAAUGGCAAAUCCACAAGGAAAAGCGUAUUUACAAGUAUGACGCAUAUAUCUCAUAUUGCUCUGAUGAUGAGCAGUGGGUCAUGGAAAAUAUUUUGUUAAAUCUGGAAUCACAAGGACCAAGUAGAUAUAAGCUCUGCUUCAAACCCCGAGACUUUAUUCCAGGAUCCUACCAUAUUGAUAACAUCCAGGAUGCCAUCAGCAGCAGCCGUAAAACAUUGUGUGUGGUCAGUAGACAUUUCCUGAAAAGUGACUUGUGCAGAAUUGAGAUGGAAAUGGCAUGCUCAAGGGUCUUCUAUCAGAAGGAGGAUGUCCUUGUUAUGGUGUUUCUUGAAGAGCUUCCAGAUUACAGACUUUCAGCUUACCACAAGCUUAGAAAGCUGAUAAAGCAAAAUGCCUACAUAAACUGGCCGGAAGACCCCCAGGGUGAAGAUCUCUUCUGGUUCCAACUUCGAAAAGCAUUAGCCAGGGAGCAAAAUGACGAGGAUAUAAUACAGCUCAGUGUGACCCACACAGAGAUUUGAUAUCAAACUACAUGUUUUCUUCUAAAAAUAAAUCUAUAGUCUAUAAAUACUACUUUCAUAACACACAAGUUUUUAUGCAUUAUAUUUAUGUCUAUGUAUGGGUAGACAGAUGUGGAAAGACACAUUGAUUUACUAAAUACAGGACUAUAGCACACAGAAAAUUGAAUCACAACAUUUAAGCAAAAAGAGAUGGUUUGUU